GUCUAUGACCAACGUGCAAGAUAAGAUAAGAUAAAAAUGAGAAAAAUCUUAAUAAUAGGAUUAUCAAAUAUAGAUAUCAUAACAAGUUGCACUACCUACCCUCAAGAAGAUACUGAUGAGAAAUGUGAGGGUAUAUAUAUUCAAAGAGGAGGUAAUGCUUCCAACAAUUGUACAAUUUUAUCUCAAUUAGGUAAAUCUUGUGAAUUCCUGGGAUCUUUAGGUCAAGACUGGAUAGGAACGCUGAUUGCAAAGGAUCUAGAUCAAUUACAUAUUGAUAGUAAAAAUUGUCCUAUAUAUGAUCAGACAUAUAAUUCACCUUCAUCUGUAGUUAUUAUUAAUACAACUGAUGGGACAAGGACAAUUAGGCAUUAUAAUCCUGGAUUUCCUGAAUUAACAUGUGCAUACUUUGAAAAUAAAAUAAAUAAAAAAACUAUUGCAAAUUAUUCUUGGAUACAUUUUGAAGGUAGACGAAAAAAUCUGGAUGAAAUAUUUAAAAUGAUAUGUUACACACUUAUUAAUCAAAAACCCUCUUCAACCAUUUUCCCUUUCACACCUUUUAUCAGUGUGGAAGUUGAGAAACCUAGUGAUUUAACAUGGCCACAUUUUUCAACGCUUAACAUCAAUCUAUAUUUUAUAGGCAAAGAUUAUGCAAAAUAUAGAGGUUUUUCUAAUAUGAAUGAAACAGUCACUAUUUUAUACCAUGAAAUGCUCAAUAAAAGUCUAAAAACUAUGCUAGACCAUGACCCUAUUAUAAUAUCUACUUGGGGAGAAUUAGGCAGUUGUGCUUUGUUGUCUACCUCACAAUCUGAUACAUUAAGUUCUCAUUAUUCCAUCAUUGAAUGCCCUCCUAUUCAUGCCUUGUCCGUAAACAAACCCCUGGACACCCUAGGUGCUGGAGAUGCAUUUAUAGCAGCGUUCAUUCAUUCACUACACUCCUUUGAAGAAUUACAACAAAAUGAUGAUCCCAAAUGGCUUAAGUUCAUUCAAGAUGCCAAUAAUUUAAGCGAAAGGAUUGCUUAUGAUAGUAAAACAACUGUUCAAAUAAACCAUAAUACUAAGGUCAAAAUAGUCAAAAUAUGUUUAGAUUAUGCCAACUAUAUAGCGGGUUUGAAAUGUGCCCAUAUAGGACUUACCAAUUUAAAUAUUCCUAUAUCUUUUAAACAAAGUUUUUAGUUAAUAUAUUUCCAGAAUAGUUUAUUUAUAAUUGAUUAAAUAUG